GAGUGAUGAGAGCGAGAAAUACGAGCGAGUAAAGAAGAUAAUUGGUCAGUCUCUGUGUAAGCGAGCCCACGAACCAGUGAAUUGGCACAGUCUUGUGGCUUAGGACACGGCGUAUUGCUCUGUUGAGUUUCUGUAGGAUUCUUGUGUAAUUCCAGUGCAAGAGAUGGUUUUGAAAGUGCCGUGGUAUUUAUUGUGAGUGUUUGGUGAACUUUUCAGCGUCGUACGUCUUACAAAAUCUUCAUGUUCUGUCUCGGUGACUAAAGUGAAGGAUGAAUGUCAACUCGUGUGCAGUGACAUGAAGACGUUAUCGUGAUUUGUGGUUCGAGGUCAUGGGUUUGAAAAGUUGCUGAAGUUUAGGAACGAGUUUGUCUCUUGUGGUGUCGUCAUGAUGGGUGGUUUGUUAGUAGCGUUGCAUCCAGAUAAUGUUUGUAACGUCGUAUGAGACAAAAAGGCGAAAUUCGGUUACGCGCGUGCGUGAUGCACCAGAGGAGCUGCAAAGCGAUGGGCAGGCGGGGGGGUGUGUUCAGGAAGUUGGUGGCGUUCAUGUGUACGACCUUCAGCCAUGGCAAGGCCCGCAGUGGCAGAGGGCGCUCCGUGUCGCCGGUGGACGACAUCCAGGCGGCGCUGGCGUCAUGUGACGGCGAGGAGGACUCUGAACCGGAAAGAGCCGUGUCCAUCGCCGGGACGGCGGAUUCUCGAGGCGAUGCGUUCCUGGAGCCGUACAUGCAAGGUCUCGCUCCACCGGACUUCCAACACAUCAGCACGCCAACAGCAGUUGUUCCUGGCAGCGCCGAUCAGACGACGCACACCGCCACGUCAGAGGACGACGGCAGCGUCGCCUCGUCUCCUGCGGGAGAUAAUCACAACACCCUGGCCGACCUCUCUGCACAGUUCAGACUUCUGGAGUUAGAUGGCAGUGCGGACAGCCUUGACCAGGACCGUGACUCCAGCCUGUCAUCCUCUGCCGCCAGCUCCGACAACAACACGCCGUGCAACAUCAGUCUUCUGGAAAGGCUGAUCCGAAGUCACCCCGUGUGGUUCCUCCCCGGCAUCCAGCGUGCAGGGGCUGUUCAUCUCCUGCAGGGGAAGGAGGAGGGUAACUUCGUGGUUCGUCAGUCGAGUCAGCCGGACACGAUGGCCAUCUCAGUGCGUCUGCCCGCGGACAAGGGUCCGUACAUUGAACACUACCUCAUCCAGGCAGCCGAUGGACAGCUGAGUCUCGAGAGCUCCGACAACUGUUUCAGUAACAUUCCGUCUCUCAUCGCCCAUUACUCUCAGUGCUGCGAUGAACUUCCAGUGCAGCUGACGUUACCACGGGCGAUGCGCGAGGCCAAGAACCAUCAGCAGCUGUCAUCCCUUGCUCUUCUUGGUCAAGAGUUUUGGAGGUAUCCGAUGGCGAACCCGCGACUCCCUGAGCAGCGAACCCGGCAACAGUCCGAGACUUCAAGUUUACAGCAGAGAAUAACUGUCGGGGAAGGCCUCCAGAGCCCACCCAGUAGUGGCAGUAGUCUUAGCAGCCUCGGUAGUGGAAACAACAACCACAACAACGGCAGCGAUGCGGCGGAGAGGACGCCGACCUCAGAGCCGGGGAGCGGUUCGAACGUUGGAGACGCCAUCGUUCUAAACCUGGCACCGCUCUGUUCAGUCGAACACUCGCAGCAGCCCCAGAGCCUAAUGAGCACGUUCAAAGGCGGUGGCCCGAGCUACAAUUGUGACGUUCUAGGUGCCCCAAAUUCUCCAGUUGGCGGCAGCGCGGUGACAGGAGUGGGCGAAACUGUGGUGAUGACGACUGCCAGUCCAACGUCUGGCAUCACGGCCGUGGCCCUCGUCAGAGGACCGAGACCCACUCCUCCGAACACACUUAACCUCUUGUGUUCUGCUUCAACUCAUUCCAGUUCAGGCGUGCGGUCGGCCUCCAACAGUCCUGCCCAGUUAGUGUCGCCCCCCUCUACCAACGGAGACGGCUCGCGUGCAGGGCCUCUGGUUGUGUCGGGGGGGGGGGGGGAAAAACCCCCCCCCCCCCCAACUGAUUACAGAAACUAACCCACGUCUCUGUCCUCGGCAGCUGUUUCUGGUCAGAACUUCACUGUGACGACUACCGUCACCUUCAGCGUGAACCACAACACAACGCCACCCCCACAUGUGGAGGUUUCCUGUGUGCAGGUAACCCCAAAGAGACCUCAGGUGGAGUCAGAUGGUCUGCAGACGAUAUCAUCGCACUGCAGCAGCACCAGCACGUCGGAGCAGCAUGGCGUGCAUCUUCAUCAGGUGAUGUCCCCCACGACUCCUGGUGACGUCGGUAAGUUGCCCGGAAAUGGACGGGGAAGGAAACAUCGUCCUACCCACAGCAGACAGAGCUGCAUUAAGGAAUCUCAUCAUUACCAAGAGUCUGACAUCUUAGAAUCGCCCACUACUUAUUAUCGCAGCUCCAUCGCCGACAAGGUCUCGGACUACGAGGAUAUUUGGGGUCCAGAGAUGCUAUCAACGUUCAAACCGCCGCACAUGAUGCCGCAUUCAUCUCCUUUUUCUUCUCCUGAAGACAUCAGCUCCAGUAGUGGUGGAAACAAGAAAACGCCGGAUAUCUUGCCACGAAUUGGCACUCCUGUUUCAGGCAGCUGUAUUUCUCUUAAUUCAGUCAACAGCAAUUUAAAAGACGUACAACAGAGAAAUAGGUUUGGCCUUGUUAUAAGCGCUGGCAGUGGUGGCAACUCUGCCACAAACUCCCCCAUGUCCCCUCUGGGUUCAGAACCGAAACAGUCGCAACCUGAAGAACCUGGGACCGCGACUCAAAGCGGCACGAAGCAAGGAAGUCCGUUCUACGCGGAGCCGGCGGACGCUCUGAGGCAGGCGGCCCCGGUACCUCGGAGGCGACCGCGGCCGGGCGGACAGCAGUCGUUCCGGCACCAGCCGCGAAAUCAUCGGCAUUCGGACCCCGCCUCGUUCCAGCAGUGGCCGGCCCUACCGCAUCACGCGGGUCAACUAGAAAGAAUAGACUCUAAUGACGAGCUCACAGCGACGCCGCUGUCUUCGUCAGUCGACAACCUCGCGCUGCUGAAAAACUCUCGAAAUGGGGGCGCCAACCAGCAGAAUGCGAACAGACCUCGGGGAAAACCAGUUCAGCCUCCGAGAGUCAGACCUAAAAAUGUAAGAGGAAAAUGUUUCAAUGAUACGUCAUGGGCUGUGGAUUCCAGUUGGGAAUUUAUAGGCAACGAAGAGGAUGGUGAGGACAGUGAACUAGGCGAAGGGGGGACAGAAGAGCGUGAGCGGAGGUUUCCCACAUUGGAGCAGCAAGAGAACUCGCUCGGUGACGGAGAUGGCACGUCUCCAGGGGGCAGGAAGAUAACGGCACAGGAGCUAAUAACUCAAAGAUUUCCAGCCCUUCAGCUCUCGCCUGAAAUUGUGUCGCCGAACGUUCUUCCCGGUGUCUCGUCACCCCUCGAUUCCCGUAUGUCGUCGUACGACAACGUCGAGGGCCGUCACGGCAGCAGCCACGACGCGCUCUGUCCUUCUAAUCACAAUCAUAAUAAUUCCGCGUCGCAUCCGAAUCACGCCUCGCAAAUUAGUGACAACGACGACGCGCAGACCGUCUUCUCGGAACCGUGGGAUAGUUCUCGGUGGGAGAAUCUCUUGCAUCCGGGCCACGCGGAGACUUGUUUGAGCCCGGGAUCCAGUUCUCUUGUGGAAGUUGUGGGAGCGACACCGCUUCUUGAACCCGAGGAAGACGACACGAUGUGCGGCGCCAACGCGGACCGCAGUCAUUUGAACCAUGCGGCAAACGGAUGUACCAUUAGUAAUGGACACAUGAGGAGGAGCAAGAGCUUCAAGGAGAGGCUGGAUCCUCUGCUGUCUCCUCCCAGACUUCAGGCGCUGAGGAACCGUGACCUGGGAGGCACAGGAGCAUCCAUCAGGGCUUAUGCCUUGCACCUUGCCGCAGACAAGAGCACUACAUUCGCGCAGAAUAUCGAUAACUUCAUCGCAUGUACGCGGGACUCGCGCGAGACCAACCCCCAAGUGGUGAUGCGUAACAUGAGGCAGUUUAUGUCUGGUAUGAAGAACUACCUCGUGAAACACGGCGAGAGGGAGUUCGAGAAAGAAGUCGAAAAGGAGAGGAUAAAGCUGAAGUCCACAGAAUUCCUGAAUCUGGAUGCGAUCCUAGAAAGCGUGAUGCACAAGCUAGUUGUGCGGCCGCUGAAGGAGCACUUGUACCAACUGUUUGUGGAGGAGUACACGCGUACUGGUGCGAUCCAGUUGCUGGCAGACAACAUUCAGUACGCACGCACCAAACCGAUGCACGAGCUGGGCGUCCGUGCCAGGAUCGUGCCCCCUUCGGAGGAGGCUCUCGAGACCAUCUGCCAUCUUCUUACGACACUCCAGGAGGUCGACUCCCCACUUGACAAGCUGGAGAAUCUACUUGCGUGCAUUGGAACAAUUUUCAACUCGGUGAAAGCUUCGAACCAAAGGUGUGUGGCCCUGGGGGCGGAUGACUUUCUGCCCCUUUUUGUGUGGGUGCUGGUGCAGAGUGGGAUGUUGGCCGCGGAAAUAGAGGCCGACUACAUGUGGGGACUUCUGCACCCGUCCCUUCUCUCUGGUGAGGGAGGAUAUUACCUUACUACGCUGUCCAGCGCAGUUCAUGUUCUAAAGAACUUCAGAUCGUGUUCUGAAGAACAGAGCAAGAUGCUGGGUCCAGGAGAAAGUCUUGAAUGGAGAGUGGCGUCACUAACAGAAUUCCGGUCGGUUCUGAAGAUCGUUGUGCCCGAUGAGAUGCAUGGCUCUAUCAUCACGAAGACUCUUCCGGUACGACCAAAUAUGACAACGCGUGAUGUGUGCAAGAUCAUUGCUCAUAAGGUCCGCAUUACUAACCCUCAAGACUAUGGUCUCUUCAAGCUAGUUGAUGGGGAAGAGACACUGUUGGCUGAUGGUGAAUGUCCCCAGGACAUCAAGGGAAAUGUGGCUCAGGCUGGUAAACAUUGUAUGUUUGCGUACAAGAGGAUAGAUGCAAAAAUUGCCUGGCCGAGAACAUCGUCGCCACACUAGGAAGCUGCAGCAACCACACCAUGGCUUGCCAACUUUUGUCAUAUCUUGCCAUGUAAAAUACUGCUGCAUGUGUUGAACUGAAUUCAGUGUUGGGAGUUCUGAUGGUCUUGGCUCGUUAAACGUGACAAGAUGGUCGACUUCGAAACUUCAGGCUUGCCAAUAUCAGUGUUCGCUGUGACUUGCCAAGUAUUACUAUCUGAACGUAGAAACUGGUAUUACAUCCAUAUUUUCAGUAUUUAGUAUAAGUGGAUUCGUCCCCAGAUCCAGCAGCUAAACGAAGUUGGCCAGAUCUCCUACACUCUAUUUUAGUUUUUGUAUAAAUAGGAGACUGCGUUUACAUUGUGAAUAAAUCUGGGGACAGAAUUGUCAAAAUGGUUUUAAAAAUGCUGAAAAGUCUCAGAAAGUAUUAUUGCAACCACUUGAAAAAAAUAUCGUAAUUUAUUAAUUGUAUUUAGUCAUGCAUAAGAAAUUAAACUGAUGUUUAUUUAAGAUGCCGUUUACGUUUCUAAAGCAGUGAGAGUUGUGACAACGUUUAAGUUUGAACACUGAAGCAGCUUUCAAGAUGGCAGGCUCAAUAUUAUUAAAAAAAAAAAAGGGAAGUGUAUAUAGUUUGGUAAGAUUCGUUGUUUAGACUGUGAUUGGAAAAUUACUUUCCACCAGUUUUCCUCAUCGUCUUGCAGGCCUGUGUACUCUGCUCCUUCUAGAUUAUGUUACGCUCAUAUUCCAUAUGUAAUUGUUUUGUGGGAUUGUUUGUGAGACGCAAAUGAAGUAUUGCCCUCAGAUGUUUAUAGUCGUGUCGGGCGCACGUUACUUCGUGUAACUUGGUUCAGAUGAGGGUAACUGAAUGGAUUCUAAACAGGCCUGUUGAUUCUUGGCGCUUUGUUAUUUAUCACACUAGCUAUUUACGUGCUUGGUUCCUUUACAAAAAUGAUAAAGCCAAAUAGAAAACUACAAAACGUAAUAAUAAUCUUUUCAAACUCUCCUCGGGGAAUUUUUGGGGUAUGCUUAAUAUGUUUUUGGCUUUGGAUAGAGAGGUUCUGAAACACCUGACUAGAUUUCAUUGAUAUUUAAGGGGCCUUAAAACUGUAGUAGCGUAUUCCAACCAUGACUUUUUCAAUCCACGUGUUUGUAAAAUAUUUUUCUGCUCCAUUCUGCAGCAUGACCACUUUUUCUACUAAUAUGCUAGUCAUGAAGCAGUCGAUUGAACUGAACCUUAAGUAACGUCUCUCGUCUUUACAACGCUGCUCACAAUGUUUACAUACUCCAUACUUCUAAGUAUUAGACUAUAAUUAAGCUGUUUGUAAGUUUUUAAUUCAUGUAAAAAUUGUUUUGUUUUCUUUCAGUUUGUUCACAUCACUUAAUAUAAUUCAUCGUGUAUCUUAAUUGUCUUUUGUAAUUAAACAGAAAGUGUUUUCCUAGGUCACA